AGAACCCUAAUUUAUCUUCUCUCCUCCGUCUCCCCUGAUGUUGAGAUCAUCAAUAACGCUUUGUCUCGCUUCUCUCCGGCUUUUUUUGGCUUUUCCGGUGACCGGAUUCUGCCAUGGUUUCUGCUGCUGAAUCCUCUUCCUCCUCGUCAACGCUUCUUCUUCCAUGUGCAUUUGCCAACAGUUUUGCUUUUAUGAGGUUAUUACAAAAAGCUCAUCACUUCUCUGCCGUCUCUGAGGACGACGACAACAACAAAGACAUUCGCUUAGGAUCUGAUCAUCAGGCAAAAGAUAAUAACCAUCACCAAGUUUGUAGGAGAGAUUGUAGUUUCAUGGCCGAUCAAGAGGAGCCGAGGAGUACUACUUCUAGGUUAAGCUCCAAGGACGACGACCACGACAACAAUAGCAAUAACAAUGAUAAUAAUAACAACAACGAAGCCGAAGAUAAUGAGAUGAGACAACAAGGGUGGCUCCGGUUAAGCAUAGGCCACGAGGAGGACGUUAAACCGGAUCUCGACCAUCGGCAGCAACAUCAAACCGAUCCAACGGCUAGGAGAGACUCUUUUCUAGAGCUUAACCUUUUCUCUGGCGGUUCAAAUAAAGAAGAAGAAGUUGGUCUUCCAUUGUCAUCUCUCUUUCAUCAUCAGCAUCAACCCGGAGGGAUGAUGAUUAAUCCAUUGAUGUUCCAUAACAGGCCUCAGGAUAUGAUUGGUCCUUGGGCGGCGGCUGCGUUUAGAACGCCUUUUGUCCCACAAAACCUAACACAACCAUCAUCAUCAUCUGCAUCUUUGAUGAUGCCAUUGAUGGGACCGUACUUUGGUCGCUCCAGUUUUCAGCCGCAGUUAUUAGGGAAUGAUAAUCCGGAUGUGGUGGCUGGUCCAAGCUCGAGUUUUCGAGUCAUUGAUCCUCCCAGACGACCCCAUUCCGGCAUUUGGUUUCUCCUUCAAGCUUCUCAGAACCAGACAGUAGAACCAUUCUUGCCUCAGAUACCAAAGAGCUACUUGAGAAUCAAGGACGGGAAGAUGACUGUUCGACUGUUGAUGAAAUAUUUGGUGAAUAAGUUGCGAUUGGAGCACGAAUCCCAGGUUCCUAAAAAAAUUCUCAUCCCAUUCUUUUAAUUUCCCUUUCUUUAACUUUAUUGUUCUAGAUUCCAUGUACACGUUGCUUGCCGUAACUACAAUCUCCUUAGCUUUAAAAAGAAAAAUCUAAAACGUUA